CACUUCCAUUUCAAGGUGAGCUGGUAGUAUAAAGAGCUGUGUUUGCUAGGAGCAACCUCAUCGUCAGAUCCUGCAAGCAUGAAGGCUCUUGGCGCGCUUUUCCUGCUGUCGGCCGUGGCUGCCAUCGCCGCUAUCUCACCUCGCGCGUUAUGGGAGUUCCGCAGCUUGAUCAAAUGCGCCAUCCCACACAGCAACCCCCUCCUUAAAUAUAAUGACUACGGCUGCUACUGCGGCUUGGGAGGCAGUGGGACACCCGUGGACGAACUGGACAGGUGCUGUCAAGCACAUGAUGAAUGCUACUCUGCGGCAGAGAACAGGACGGUGUGUGACUCCUUCCUAGACACCCCCUACACGGAGAUAUACAAGUACUCCUGCAAGGACGAGGAGAUCACGUGUAGCAGUUCCAACGACGAGUGCCAGAUGUUUGUCUGUAACUGCGACCGCACGGCCGCCAUGUGCUUCGCCAAGGCGCCCUACGACCCCGCCCACCACCGCCUGGACAAGAAGAAAUACUGCAGCAGUUAACUGCAGCGCGGCCCGCCGCCAAUAAACGCUUCGCACCACG